GCAGCGCAGGAUGGAGAGGUACCAGGAGCUCACGGUGCUGCUGCUGCUGCUGCUGCUGGAGGGGGGCUCCGGAGGAGCCGGCUCCUUCCGCCCCCUGUGCAGACCGACUAACGCCACCCUGGCUGCGGAGAGCGACGCCUGCCCAGUGUGUGUGACUUUCACCACCACCAUCUGUGCUGGCUACUGCCCCAGCAUGGUGCGGGUACUGCCAGCCGCGUUGCCUCCUGGCCCUCAGCUGGUCUGCACAUACAGGGAGCUGACCUUCUCCUCCAUCCGGCUGCCUGGAUGCCCCCCUGGAGUGGACCCCAUCUUCUCCUUCCCCGUGGCCCUCAGCUGUGCUUGUGGAUCCUGCCGCCUGAGCCACUCAGACUGCGGGGGGCCCCGGGCCCGACCCCACCUGUGCACCCGGCCCCACCUCAGCCUCCGCCUCCUCUAGAGCCCAGGCCCGGCCUCCCCCCCCCCCCAUUCCAGACCUUCCUUUCUCACAUGCCUCUUUUCCACCCUCUUGCUCCCCCUCACCCCUAAUAAAGGUUUUUCAUCUGGC